GAAACAUGUUGUUAUUAAUCUUGUUUAGACAAUAGUGGAGGUCAGCUAAUCCCACACACGCGGCACAUCGCAUUCAGCUGGUCUGGUCCUCUCAGUUGUGGGGGAGAAAGUCAUGCCUAGCGCCUGGGCUUUGUCCUCCGCCUCAUGCUGACUUCUUUGAUCCAAACUUUCUAACUCUUCUUCAUUUUUCUUUGUGUAUAAUUUCGUCAAUUUUUUCCCAAUCUUUCCCUUUCGCCGAGCGAGCUCUUUCAAUACUUGAUCCGGUGGAGGCAGACAAAAUUCAAUCCCACUGAUUGCUGUCGGAGAACCACAACCACCGAGAAGUAGUUGCAAGAGUCAAACAAAGGACGUGCUGGUCCACGUCUGAUCAGCCGCAAAUGGACAAUUACCAGCUACCUCAGAAAUUGCCCUUCUCAAAGAAGAGGCUGCCGAAAAAAGUCAUCAUAUCGUAUAUUCUCGACUAUGUCAUCAUCAUAGUAUUCGCAAUAGCUUUCAAUAUUCUCGAUGCAGUCGAACCAUAUCACCAGCAUUUUUCGUUACGAAAUUACACCCUGCAAUACCCCUACGCGGUGCACGAGCGCGUGCCGGUCCCGCUGGUUGUCUUGGUCGCCAUCGUAUGCCCAAUUGUCAUUAUCGCCAUUAUCACUCUGGUGAUCGACGGUCUUUUCUCACACGACAAAUCCAUUGCUCCUUCUAAUAACGGCAAAAGAUUUCUCGGAGGCAAAUACCGCUUCAAGGACCGGUUAUGGGAAUUCAAUUGCGGCGUACUCGGCUUGCUCCUCUCCGAAGCCGCGGCCUUCACCAUCACCGGCGCAUUGAAAAAUGCCACUGGCAAACCUCGACCUGACCUCAUUGAUCGGUGCAAGCCCAAUGUUCAGACUGAUCCGCAGCCCUUCGGACUCAGCAACAUUACCAUCUGCACCCAAACCGACCAUGCCAUCCUCAAAGACGGCUUCAGGAGCUUUCCCUCCGGCCACAGCAGCUCUGCUUUCGCCGGUCUGUUCUUCCUAUCCCUCUAUCUCGCCGGCAAACUCCACGUGCUCGACAACCGCGGCGAAGUGUGGAAGACUCUCAUCGUACUCAUCCCUACUCUCGGCGCCGCCCUGAUCGCCGACUCUCGCAUCAUGGACGCUCGACACCAUCCAUUCGACGUCAUCACCGGCAGCCUCAUCGGUAUCGUCGUCGCAUGGUGUGCAUACCGGCAAUACUUCCCUCCUCUCAAGGAGUCAUGGCGUAAAGGCCGCGCCUAUCCCAUUCGCAGUUGGGGCCGGGAACCCGUUCAGCCCGAAGACCCGAACUUUGCAUCCCCUCCUGCGACACGAUACGAUAAUGUUGGCGUCGAACCCCUUCGUCCCGCGGUGACCCAACCCGCGGACGAAGAACGGCCAUACACUUCCUCUACUGCAGUGCCUACAAUCACUUCAGACGCGCCCACCGAGCAGAAUGUUUUCCGUCAACAGAUUCGCGACUCGCAGCGAAAACGCAACCAAGCUCAGCUUCCCGCAAUGGCCCAGCGCAUGCCCUCGUCAAAUUACUCGCAAUCCGUCAUUGCGCGGUCUAAUACCGAGUAUUCCUCUGUUGCCGGCGGAGGCGGAACAAGUCGUCGCAACCGAUUUGUGUCUGACGAUUAUUCUUCCUCGGAGGAUGAAGAGGGCAGUACAAACUGGGAGGCGUAUGAGAUGCAGCAACCUCAGAACCCGUUUGCAAAGUAUAAUAUCGGUUCGAACCCGUAUGAUCCGCGACUCUCCCAGGUGCCGGAACAUGACGAUACGGCGUAUCAUUCCCAGUCCCAAGCUCCCAUCCCGCCGCCUCACUCUUCCUCAGCUGGUGCGGGACUAGGUGCCACUACUGUGCAAGUCUCUUCGCCGCCGCCGCCAAGAUUAGCCUCCCCGCCUUCUGUCCUCCAAGCGCAAUCUACUGCCUUUUCGCAUCCUCACCCCGGUCCGCUGGACGAAGCGGACAUGGCCGACUUGUCGCAAGCGCAUCAUGCGAGGACAUCAUCUGGUGAUCAACAUUCUCGUGGUGUGCAGCUGGUUGAGACAUAUGCGCCUCGAUAAUCAAUCAGCACAGGAGAUCUCUUGGAUCACGACUGCAGGAAUAGAGCCAGAGAUCUGUUUCCAUUUCAAUGGUUAAACGCGCAAUGUAUUUAGGAAAGGGACAGGAUCGUGGACAAGUAUUGGCAUUUAGAGGCGUUCUUUCGAAAUCCUGCGAUAGGCAUUCAAAAAUUUAAUGUUUUGUCUUUUUUAACAACCAGUAAAAUAAAUCAAUUGCAGUGUUGAUUAAAUCAAUAAGGUCUCUCUACGCAAAACAAACACCUCUACCCUUCCCCAAUCGAUACCACUCCCCCGAAAAGAAUUCCAACUAUUGCUUACCUUACCCUGGUUGGUAAUAUGCCCUCGAUUGUCCACCCGUACUGAAGAUACCCCGUUCUAUCCCAGAAAUUACCUCUCGAC